CCAUGGAAGUCAGCAAUUGACAGAUAUCAAACUAUAACAGUCGCAGCAAAAGUAUCUUGUCCUCCAACAUGAACCAGAUUCUGCAGCAAGCCGCCAAAGGUACGUUCAACGCCGUCAAACACAAGCUACCGGAGUUGCCGUACGAGUAUUCGGCCCUCGAACCGGUGAUUUCCUGCGAGAUAAUGCAGCUGCACCACCAGAAGCAUCACGCCGCCUACGUCAACAACUUGAACCUCAAUCAGCAGAAGUUGAUAAAAGCGUUGGAAUGCAACGAUCAGACUCAGAUAAUUCAGACGUUCAAAGCCAUUCAAUUUAACGGCGGCGGCCACAUCAAUCACACCAUCUUCUGGGAGAAUCUGUGCCCGGACCAGACGCAGCCGAGCAAGGAACUGUGCGAGGCCAUCAAAAAGACCUACGUCGAUGGCGAGGGGAUGAAGAAAUGCCUUUCGGCGAUCGCGGUAGGACUACAGGGCUCGGGAUGGGCUUGGCUCGGCUACAAUCCGAAGACCAAAACGUUGGUGUGCACCAGCACGGCCAACCAGGACCCGCUAGAGGCGACCAAGGGUGUGAAACCAUUGCUGGGCAUCGACGUUUGGGAACACGCCUACUAUUUGCAGUACAAGAACGUUAAGGCCGACUAUGUGAAGGCGAUUUUCGAUGUCGUUAACUGGGAGGACGUCUCCAAACGUUUCGCCGAAGCCAGUUGCUCUUAAAUGAUUUCCUUUGUAUGCCAAGUUUAAUAAUAAACCCAAUAAAGUAAUAAAAGGUUUCAUUGUA